UUCCCGUCUAUUUUCCUAAAGCGGAUAUCUUUGGACAUAAUGAAAGUUAUCUUGUUAAUUGUUGCUGUGUUUUGGAGCCAGGAGUGGAAGUGGGCGCUCUCGGAUUCAAUCAUCCAUAUUGGUGCCAUCUUUGAUGAGUCAGCACGGAAGGAUGAUGAGGUUUUUCGUCUUGCUGUGGCAGAUCUCAAUUUGAACAAUGAGAUAUUGGAAACCGAAAAGAUCACCUUCUCUGUGGAAUUUGUGGAUGGGAACAACCCUUUCCAGGCUGUACAAGAAGCCUGUGAGCUGAUGAAUCGGGGCAUCCUGGCACUGGUUAGCUCAAUUGGCUGCAUGUCGGCGGGCAGCCUUCAAACCUUGGCCGACGCCAUGCACAUCCCCCAUCUCUUUGUCCAGCGUUCCCCGGUGGGAACUCCCCGUUCUGCCUGCCCACCCACCAGUCGUAUUCCCGGAGCAGAUGACUACACCCUGAUGGUCCGCCCUCCAGUUUAUCUCAAUGAGGUCAUCAUGCAAGUGGUGUCUGAGUACAGCUGGCAGAAGUUUGUCCUUUUCUACGAUUCAGAUUUUGAUAUUCGUGGAAUCGAGGACUUUCUGGACCGUACCUCACAGCAGGGAAUGGAUGUCUCUCUUCAGAAGGUGGAAUCCAACAUCAACAUGAUGAUCACAAGUCUGUUCAGAACGAUGCGUGUGGAGGAGCUGCAUCGCUACAGGGACACGCUACGGAGAGCAGUAUUGUUCAUGAGCCCAGCUACUGCCAAAGCUUUCAUCACUGAGGUGGUGGAGACCAACCUGGUUGCCUUUGAUUGUCACUGGAUCCUGAUUAAUGAGGAGAUCUCAGACUAUGACUUACAGGAGUUAGUCAUGAAGUCAAUUGGCCGGCUGACUUUGGUACGCCAGAUGUUCCCAAUGCCCCAGAAUACAACUCAGCGCUGUGUCAAACACAACCAUAGGAUCAACACUUCCCUCUGCGACCCUAAAAGUGCCAAGGCUCAGCAGCUUGAGAUCACCAACCGCUACAUCUAUGAUACUGUUUUACUGCUGGCCAAUACCUUCCACAGGAAGCUGGAGGAUAGAAAAUGGCACAGCAUGGCCAGCCUGAGCUGCAUCAGGAAGAACUCCAAACCUUGGCAAGGAGGGAAGAGCAUGCUGGACACCGUCAAAAAGUUUGGAGUGAGUGGUCUCACCAGUUUCUUGGAGUUCACUGACAACGGCACUAAUCCCAACAUCUUCUUUGAAAUUCUGGGAACAAAUUAUGGAGAAGACAGGGGACGAGGAGUCACCAGGCUGGCCACAUGGGACCCAGUUCAUGGACUGAAUGGCACUCUGACAGACAGAAAAUUGGAAAACAACAUGAGGGGAGUUGUGCUGCGAGUCGUCACUGUUCUGGAGGAGCCGUUUGUAAUGGUGUCAGAGAAUGUGUUGGGGAAACCAAAGAAGUAUCAAGGCUUUUCCAUCGAUGUCCUGGACGCUCUCUCCAACUACCUGGGCUUUAAAUAUGAGAUCUAUGUGGCUCCAGACCACAAAUAUGGCAGCUUGCAGCCCGAUGGACACUGGAAUGGACUCAUGGGAGAAUUAGUUUUUAAGCGAGCCGAUGUGGGGCUUUCUGCUCUGACCAUCACGCCUGAGCGAGAGAGCGUUGUGGACUUCACCACACGCUACAUGGAUUAUUCUGUGGGUGUUCUGCUGCGCAAGGCCGAGCGCACAGUGGACAUGUUUGCCUGCCUGGCACCCUUUGACCUGUCGCUGUGGGCGUGCAUCGCAGGCACCGUGCUCCUCGUGGGCAUCCUGGUGUACCUGCUCAACUGGCUCAACCCACCGCGGCUGCCCAUGAACUCUGUGUCUUCAACCACACUUUACAAUUCCAUGUGGUUUGUCUAUGGCUCCUUUGUACAACAAGGCGGAGAAGUUCCCUACACUACGCUUGCAACAAGGAUGAUGAUGGGUGUGUGGUGGAUGUUCGCUCUCAUCGUCAUCUCUUCAUACACUGCCAAUCUCGCAGCUUUCCUCACAAUCUCACGCAUCGAGAACUCCAUCCAAUCUCUGCAGGACUUAUCCAAGCAGACAGAGUUGCCUUACGGGACAGUGUUGGACUCUGCAGUAUAUGACCAGGUGCGCUCCAAGGCUAUGAACCCAUUUGAAAGAGAUCCCAUGUACUCCCAAAUGUGGCGAAUGAUUAAUCGCACUGGAGGAGCAGAUAAUAACGUUGAGGAUUCACAGGAAGGCAUCCGUAAGGUGAAAUAUGGCCGGUUUGGCUUUGUGUGGGAUGCGGCAGUGCUGGAGUAUGUUGCCAAUAAUGACGAGGAUUGUUCCUUCUACACUGUAAGCAACAACGCACCUGACCGUGGAUAUGGCAUUGCAAUGCAGCACGGCAGCCCCUACAGGGACAUUUUCUCCCAGAGAAUCCUGGAACUGCAGCAGAAUGGGGACAUGGAUAUCCUAAAACUCAAGUGGUGGCCCAAGGACAGCCCCUGUGACCUCUACAGCUUAGAGCAGACACGACAGCGUGGCAACGCCCUCGAUAUCCACAGCUUUGCUGGCGUCUUCUGCGUCCUGGCAGCUGGCGUGGUGCUCUCCUGCCUCAUUGCUAUGGUGGAAAGCUGGUGGUCACGACGGAAGGGAUCCAGAGUCCCCUCCAAGGAGGACGAUAAGGAGAUCGACCUGGAGCACCUACACCGCCGGGUUAACAGCUUGUGCACCGAGGAUGAAAGCCCCCAUAAGCAGUUCUCCACCUCUUCCGUCGAUUUAACCCCCCUUGACAUGGAUGCACUGCCUGCUGCCCGCCAGGCACUCGAGCAGAUCAGUGAUUUCCGCAACACCCACAUCACUACCACCACCUUUAUCCCUGAGCAGAUCCAAACCCUAAGCCGUAGCCUCUCAGCCAAAGCCGCUGCUGGAUUUUCUUCUGGUUUCGGUGGUGGCGGUCUCCAGGAUCACCGAACUGGUGGGGUAGGCCCCUUCAGACAGAGGGCCCCCAAUGGUGGCUUUUUCCGCAGCCCCAUUAAAACUAUGUCCUCCAUUCCAUACCAGCCCACAGGUCCUGGACCCAACUUUGGAUAUGGCAAUGAUCCAGACAGGGGCACCUCCAUAUGAGGAGUUGCUAUGGAUAUAGUUGGUUCAGGAAGAAAAAGCAAAAAGAGGAGAAGGGGGAGGGGAUUAGAGUAUACCAUGGUUGAACAAAAGCGUUGUGGCAAGGUUAAAAAAUGAAGAAUAGAGUUCUUUGUAAACAGCAAUUAUUCCUUUUUUUUUGUUUGUUUGUUUGUUUGUUUGUUUCUGCCUGGAUGUCAAGGGGUGUUACUUUAUUUUUGUUUUGUUUUUUGUAUGUGGGAGAAAAAAACGAAAGAGGUGGAGAUCGAUCGGGGCAUUUUUUUAUAUCCUCUUUCAAACCUUGCUGGAGAGAUGCAAGAAG